CUUGUGCCAAAACCUGUCAACCGAUAGACGAAAUAAGACAGGGCUGCAUUUGCAUAUAUCCUUAUGCCUGCCUAUCCAUCACUUUCUUCCCCAUUCGCAUCUCUUUCGCUUCCAUGCUCUACUGAUGCUGAUGUGAGUGUUGGGUUUGCGUCUUUUUAGUACAUCUUCAUCACUCAUUCCCGCCUCUUCGAAUAGGCUCUAAGAAACAGCAUUUUCAAAUAGAUUUUUGGUUGAUUGCGAAACAUUCUGCCAAAGCGGUUUGUUCUUCGGCUAAUUUAGUGUAGACAAACAGCAUUUGGUUCUUCUGCAGAGUAAAUGGCAGAUCAAAGAGGAGCGAGGAUCCUUAAACGAUCCAGCACUGUGUCAAUAAUUAGACUAAUUAAUUCCGCUUCAACAACCUCUCAUUGCCUUGUUCACAGAUAGGCUACUAAUACCAAUUUAGAUUUGAGAAAAAUCAAAACAGAUAUUCUGAAUACAAGACAUUUAGUACGAAUAAAAGAACAAGGACCGAUCAUAGCCUAUCUAUUAAUUCCAAGUUAGCAACGAAACCUGCCUGUGAAGCCUAUUCCUGGAAAAACGCCUAGGAAAGCAGAGCGACGUAUCCAAAAUCCAGCGCAUCAGCGUAGCCUACGGAGCACCAUUGAUAGUGUUCUUUGGAAGUGACAGGCUACAGUGUUUUGCCGUGCCACAUUGUAUACGGAGAAGGAGUCGAAGAAGGAUAGGAGGCAGAUGAUAUUGGGCAGCAAAUCCAUUUAGGAGAGCGAAGGGUGAUGAUCUGUUAAGCCCACCAGUUUCUUGCUCACUGCUGACAGCAGCACUCAGGGGUGUCUGUUUAGACGUUGGAUGUGAAGUGGGCUGAUCUCUGGAGCCAGCUGACUCGAAUGUCCGGACGCCGGCAUGUUACACACCCGCAUUCUGAGCCUUGUCCACCCCUUCACCGCCUCCUGCUUCUCCACGUCUCUCUUCCUCCUCUUCCUCCUGGAGCUCACCCACCUCUCCCAGGCCGGCUCAGACCAAGCAGCACCCAGCAGCCCGCCCAGCAACUGCUCUGAUGGAGACCCCUGCUCUGAGGGCGUGGUCCUUCCCAUGUGGAACCCUCAGAACCCGUCAGUGGGCGACAAGGUGGCGCGGGCCAUCGUCUACUUUGUGGCUCUCAUCUACAUGUUCUUGGGCAUGUCCAUUAUCGCCGACCGCUUCAUGUCUUCUAUUGAGGUCAUCACCUCUCAGGAGAAAGAGAUCACCAUCAAGAAGCCCAACGGAGAGACCACCACAGCCACRGUACGCAUCUGGAACGAGACKGUAUCCAACCUGACCCUGAUGGCCCUAGGCUCAUCUGCCCCAGAGAUCCUGCUGUCUGUCAUCGAGGUGUGUGGCCACUCGUUUGAGGCAGGCUCCCUGGGCCCCAGCACCAUUGUGGGRAGCGCYGCKUUCAACAUGUUCGUCAUCAUCGCCCUCUGRGUGRACGUGGUGCCAGAGAACGAGACACGCAGGAUCAAGCACCUGAGGGUYUUCUUUGUCACGGCAACCUGGAGCAUCUUCGCCUACAUCUGGCUCUACCUGAUCCUGGCUGUCAUCUCCCCGGGGGAGGUGGAGGUGUGGGAGGCCGUGSUCACAUUCAUGUUCUUCCCCAURUGUGUGGUUCAGGCCUGGGUCGCYGACCGACGCCUGCUCUUCUACAAGUACAUCCACAAGCGUUACCGUGUCGACAAGGCCCGCGGKAUCAUCAURGAGACYGAGGGYGACYGCAUGUUCACCAAGAUGGARYUGGAGAUGGARGGCCAGGGGGGCAACUCCCACCCCCACCCCAAGGAMGUGCUGGACYGCAUGCUGGAGGGGGUGGAGGAGGGRGGYGGYKUGYYCUCAGAYGAGGAUGAYGCUCGGAGGGACAUGGCCCGCACRCUGAAGGAGCUGAAACAGAGGCACCCAGASAAGGACACYGAGCAGCUGAUUGAGAUGGCCAACUACCAGGUUCUGGUCCAGCAGCAGAAGAGCAGGGCCUUCUACCGCAUCCAGGCCACACGCAUGAUGAUCGGUGCUGGGAACAUCCUGAAGAAGCAUGCUGCCGACCAYGCCAGGAAGGUGGUGAGCUGCCAUGAGGCCAGCGGACAGGAGGAGGACCCCCACACCAUCUACCUGCAGUUUGAACCCUCCCACUACCAGUGCUUCGAGAACUGUAGCUCGCUCAAGCUGUCUGUUGGGCGCCAUGGUGGUGAAAGCGGCUGCACAGUCAAGGUGGACUACCGGACAGAGGAUGGAACGGCCAACGCCGGCUCAGACUAUGAAUUUGCUGAGGGCACGCUGGUCUUCAAACCCGGUGAGACGCUGAAGGAGCUGACKGUGGGGGUUAUUGAUGACGACAUCUUUGAAGAGGACGAGCACUUCUACGUGCACCUCAGCAACCCUCGCAUCGUCCACCGUGCCGAGGUGGCCAUCCUGGAGCCCAGCACCAUCACCACCACCAGCAGUAUGAGGAACCUCUCCCCCCACGUAUCCCCCAAGGCCGCCCUGGGCAACGCCCACACUGCCACGGUAACCAUCUAUGACGACGACCACGCAGGCAUCUUCACGUUUGAAAUAGAGUCUAUGAGGGUGAGCGAGAGCGUGGGCACCAUGCAGGUAAAGGUGCACCGGAUGUCCGGGGCCAGGGGUAAAGUGGCCAUCCCCUACCACACCCUGGAGGGCACCGCCAAGGCUGGGGAGGACUACGAGGAGGUGGCUGGGAAACUGGAGUUCCAGAACGACGAGACCAUGUGA